CGUUAGCAGUUGCAUUAUGGGAGACAGAUGAUUGACAUCGCCGCCAUUUUGCUCCUGCUCUCUCUGCUUCCAUUGUGUGAGAUAGUAAAUAUCUGACACUGCCAGACAAGCACAACACACUUGUAUCCGUGCGAAGAAAGAGCUUUGAAAUCACCCGCGGUGAUACUUUGUCGUAAUGGCUCGUACCAAGCAGACUGCCCGUAAGUCCACUGGAGGCAAAGCUCCUCGUAAGCAGCUGGCUACCAAAGCUGCCCGAAAGAGUGCCCCCUCUACCGGUGGUGUCAAGAAGCCUCAUCGUUACAGGCCUGGUACCGUGGCUCUGAGAGAGAUCCGUCGGUACCAGAAAUCCACUGAGCUGCUGAUUCGUAAGCUGCCAUUCCAGCGCCUGGUGAGAGAGAUUGCUCAGGACUUCAAGACUGACCUUCGCUUCCAGAGUGCCGCCAUUGGAGCCUUGCAGGAAGCCAGUGAGGCAUACCUGGUGGGUCUCUUCGAGGACACUAACCUGUGUGCCAUUCAUGCCAAGCGUGUCACCAUCAUGCCCAAAGAUAUUCAGCUGGCACGCCGCAUCCGUGGGGAGCGUGCUUAGACGGCCUCCCUAACGUUUCACAGCUGUCAUGUUUUCUUUACCUGUGCCUGUCCUCCUUCUCUAAAUUUAGCCCAUUCCCCAAUCCUACUCCAUCUCCCUUCCUUCCCAUCCUGUCCAGCUUCUCAGUAGACUUUAGAGUAACCCUUAUGAAGAGAUAGAAAUAUGUUGAAGUCUGGUCUCAGAUUUUUGUCUUCACCAAAUGUUUUAAGGUGCAGUUUUUUGUGCAUGUAAAAGGUUUCGAAGAUCGGACACACGUGCACGCAUACUCACGCGAGCAACAUUGGGUGUGAGGUACAACCUUGCCUGACCUGGAUUUUUUAAGUGGGAGGGCAGCAGGUGCGGUUUGUGGGACAAACAGGGCCAAAGCAGAGGGACAUGGCUGAGGGGCUAGUCUGCUUAAGGGGAGCUGCAACUUCCACAGCAGGGUGCUAUUAAAACUAGUCCUGAGGCCUCAGCCCAUCACAGCUCCCUCGUGUGCUCCACUCUGUCUGUCCCUCUACAUCCAACUUCCCUCUCUACAGCUGCAGCUAAAACCACCCCCUCCUGCAUCUCUGUGAUUGGCAUCUAGAGGGGGAUGCUGAUCUGUUUGUGUGGAUGUGUGGGUUUCUGAUCUUCCAAGCCACUCCUACUCAAUAAACAAGAAUAUCUUGGUUUCUUAAAAAUAUUGAUUAUUGUUGUGGAUAUGGUGGAUAUUUUUUUUACACAUAAGUCAUGAGUAUCUCUUCCAUUACCACUUUGAAAAUGAUUAAAAUAAGACAAAAAGCAAUUGAUAUUGCCAGCAUGGUUGUUACUUUUUUACAGUUGUGAUUUGGUACAUAAAGUCAGGAAGGGCUUCUCUGUUUUCCAAGGCAACUUCUAUUCUAAUGGCAGCCAUGAGGGCGAUGGGUUAUCUUCUCCUUGUCUGAAGUCUUUCUCUGUAGAUCGGUCGUCACUUGUUAUUCUUCUCACUCUGUCACCAUGGGUAGGCAUUAGGCUUGUCACAAUGAUAUAAACUUAGUAGUGAAAGUUACACUCUGCAUGUUUAAGGUCUGUGUGUCUCCUGCACUCUGUAGAUUUCAGUAAUUAAUCUGUCCCUUUCUGAAAAUUUGUGAUACACAAUAUAACCUCAUGUUUGUUUUCUUUUAUAUUUUUCUUAUUCUUCAAAAGUAUAAAUAAGCUGAUCUUUGUAUUUUCCAAAUUUCUCACAUUAUGGUGGUAAUAAAUAGGUGUUAAAACAAA